AUGAAAUACUUGCGGAUGAGUCUCAAAGACUCCUACAAUUUGCUACACAAGAAGAGGCCAAUAGUGCGACCGAACGGCUCAUUCUUUCGUCAACUAAUAGACUACGAGUGGCGACUAUUUGGCAAAAAUUCAGUCAAAAUGAUAUAUUUAGAGCACUUAAACAUUGAAGUGCCCGACCUUUUCGUUCACGAGUACAAAAAGAUGGUCCUCUUGGAGGCCAUCAUUGCCCGCACCCGACACCCGCAUCGGACAGGCUUUGGAUCCAAGACUAACCUCAUCAAUGGAUAA